UUAUGCUGUCUUAAUAUCCCAUUUAUUGGCAGAAAGGAAUUGCAACUAAGUGGUUUUUGAUUUAUGGGAAGAGGUUGGAAGAAGGUGGAUACCACAACGCUCAUCGUAUUGUGAUCAGUUCAGUUACCACAACUGCCAGGAACAUGGACACAGUGAAGGCAAAAGAUGCCAGUCCUGCCAAUUUGCCUGAUGGACAAGAGCUAACAGAACUAGAAAGAUCAAUGGUGAAUAUCAUUCAGGUCUUCCAUUCUUAUUCUGGAAAAGACUGUAAACUGAAGAAAAAAGAUCUGAAAGAGUUAAUUAACUCACAGAUGUCCUCAUUUGUCAAGAAAAUUCAUGAUACCAAGACACUAGAUGUAAUUUUCUCAGAUUUGGAUGCAAACCAGGACCGGCAGAUAGAUUUCAGUGAAUUUACAGCCCUGGUUGCUAUGGUUACCUCAGCCUGCCAUGUCUCCUUCCAUGAAGUACAGUGACUACACGCAAUCCAGAAGAUGACACCAACAGCACGCAACAGAAUGUCAAGUUCUAUUUUAGUUUCAUUUAAUUUUUUUUAAAGAACUGGUGUUCACAUUAAAAGUGAAUGUGAUUUUGUGUGUAUAUUGGCAUAUAACAGGAUUCAUGUAGUGCACUCUGCUCUUAUGUCACGCUGCUGCUCCCAUUUGCUGGCAGUUCCAGGCUGUCAAAAUUUCAGGACCAGUAACACUGAUAUGUCAUUGUAUUGAGUUGAAUUGGUGUAAACACUGACAGUAUCUUUUCUCUGUAUCCCAAUGUAAUCUUGAUGAUCAGUUUAUGUUUUGUUUUAUUCCACAUACAUGUGAAUGCAUGGCAAAUGCUUCUCAGUCACCCUUGUACCCUUGUUCUAAAUGUGCCUGAUCAUACUUAUAUCCAUCAUAAAAACUUCUGUGUGUCCUGGGAACACAUUGAACCUGACAUUUAUGCUGCAUACAACACUGUUCUCAGCAAAACAGCAUAGAGGAGGUGCAGAGAAGCAGCUGCAUGCCCUUUAAAGAGGACCUGAACUGUGGUAACUGUGCCCAAACGGGCAGACAGAUGGCAACAGACCAAUCAGCAGUAUUGCUUGUGGUCUCCCUGCUAUGGAUCUUUCCCCUAAUCUUAGCAUGCCCAUGUCUCUUUGAGGAGGCAGCCAUCUUGGAAAAGGCAGGACUAGGCUUUUGCACAUCAGAGCUACCCAUCUAAAUUCUGAUGUUCUGAUGACUGGUGGAGAAUAAUAAAGCAUCAGGUGCAGAAGUGGAGGAAGCACAGAUUCACAGAUGGAACGAGUCAGAAGCAGGGACAUUCUUACAUUAUAGCUUUCGCUCCACCAAGGAGAACAGGAACAACACAUUACUGAUACCUUCAUCUUCAAAUCUCACUUCAACUCUUAUGAGAACAGAAGAGAGACAGCAGUACCAUAGAAUCUCACCCUGCAAGCAGAAACUCUGUUCCUAACUCCCAGCCUGCCCACCCCUUUAUCUCAUACCCAUCCUCUACUUUGAUCCUUGCCUUAUCUAUACACCAACUGGAUUCAAUACCUCACAACCCCCAUGUUUUCCUUUUUUUCUCUCUCACUAUCUCUCUUAUGGUAAGCACUGUGGCAUUUUGUAAUCCUGGGUGUCCCCCAAGGUAGAACAAGGGCAAAUGGCUCCUAAUGCUCAUUCAUGAUCAGCUGACUUAUCUAAAUAUCACAACUGUAGAGACGCACAGAAAAUGCUGAUCUCUUGUGAGAAAAUAUAAUUUUCUUGUUGUCUUUAUUGCUAAAGGUAAAAAUAGAGAAUAUAACUACACUUGUUCUCUUUACCAGUAAUGGUUAUUUCUCUUGGACAAUUCUGUAAAAAUUACUGUAAGAGAAAAAAAUCACACUACAGAUAUGCAGCAACGGAACCAAAGGCACAUAAGGAAGUGCACUGCUAUUUUUCAGGGGGAAUUGAAAACAGAAGGAACAUUUUCAGGGUACUGCCUAGGUCCAGUUAACAUUUCUAAGUGUUCCCUAUAAUAUAGUAAAUCUUCACUUGUUGAGUUUGGGUCUACUUCCAUAAGUGGAGUGGUAACAUUCUGUUAGCCUGAUAAAUGCAUUGCUCAGAUGGUCCCUUAGAAGGCCAUCUACACAAUCCCUUACUUAGGACGGCCAUACAUAUAUCAAAAUUUGGCUGGUUCUGAAGGGAUUGGACAAAUUUCGAUCCAUGUACGGGCAGGCUGACUACCCAACCAGCCUGUGGAGUUUUUCCCAAAUUAUAACACAGCCGGCAACACUGAACAUUGUAUUCUGACAGCAGGAAUUCACCCCGCCAUCAGAACACAACAACACACCGGGAGUGAUUUCCCCAUCCACCUCAAAUGUGUGGAUGGCAGAAUUGGAUCAUUUUUUUUUUCAUUCAACUCGUUAGUUGAAUGAAAAAAAAAAAGAUUAAUGUAUGGCCAGCCUCAACCAUGAUGCUGUUCUUACCAAGUCUGGACAAAGGCCACCGCAAUUCAUAAAGAUGGCCUCACAGUUUUGCUGUCAGCACUAGAUGACAGCUGAAAUCAAAAUAAGGUACUGUGAAUUUGAACUAGACAUGUAUGACGACUCAAUAUCCCUGCUUCAUGGACUUUGGACCACAAAUUUAACUUAUACCACACAAAAUAUUUUCCAGAUCAACUCAAACAAAACAAUACUUCACAAAAUUAUUGUAUAAAUAUAUUUAUUUAUGUUGCCAUAUUCGAAGCUUUUGUAUUAUUCACAUUUAUCAUGACAAUAAAAAAAAAAAUAUUCUCCAAUGA